GAUGUAUCAUGUGACUUUACCACGAUCUGACACACUCAACAUUCCGAGACUGCCAACCGAACAUAUAAAAGCAAUGGUCAUCAUCAUCUUCAUUAUUAAACUGUCGCUUGACUGCAAAGAUGGCAUUUGCUCUUUGCUCGUUGUUUCUCCUUUGUGGGAUGAGUGGACUGUUGUCUGGAGUUUGGUCAUUCCCUAUUCACUGGAAAAAUAUUAAAUGUCCUACUGAUUGGACUCAGUUGGACUGUCAUUGUUACAUAUUCAACGCUGGCCCAGAAACCUUUGUAGAGGCGGAGAAAGACUGCAUAAUGGAAGGUGGAAAUCUGGUGUCCAUUCACAAUGACCUGGAAAAUAAAAUUGUAAAACAACUGAUUGAUGAUGGUGUAGCGACACUUGGCUGGAUUGGGCUCCAUGAUACAAUUGCGAAUAAUGACUUUUUCUGGACUGAUGGAUCAAUUGUAGAUUUCCUCAACUUUGACGGUGACGCUAUGGAGCCAAAUGGCGGCACUCAAUGUGUAGCGAUUCAGGCAAAUGAUGGACUUUGGCAAGAUGAUCCCUGCACAAACACCAACGCAUAUGUUUGCAUCAUGGAUGUGUGCCAUGGCGGAGAUCCUAGCUAUCCAGACUGUCCAUAGCUAUGAUCAAUAAUCACUGAAGCAAAUAUCAAAUGCGGUGGGGUUUUUUUUUUUUUUAGGGCUUUACUAUCAUGAUUUUUCUUCUUCUCUUUCUGCUCAGUCGUUAUUAACUAAAGAAAUGUGUAUCGUCCCUUGGUCAGGCCCAGAAAUCCCUUUAUUUAUUUAAAAAAACACAAGCAUCUGUUGUGAAUGUAUGGUAUAACCCUGUAACGCGACGCUAAGUUCUGGGGUUCUACUGUAUUUUCAUUUGAAAUGCUUAACCCAAUACAAUUUAUGCUGAAUCACCCUGCUACUACCCAUUUUCCUUAGGGGCGGGUAAGGGAUGACGCAGCCCCACCAACCCGAGUGAUUAAGGGUAGUUUGACCUGUUUGGCCCAGAAGUCUGGGGUUCAAUAAUUGACUUGUGUGUAAAUGGCUGGCAGAGACCUUUGGAGAGGAAGACUCCAAAUUUAAAGGGAGUAGAUGGAUCAAGAGUUUGAAACAACUUAAAAAUACAUACAAUAUUUAAAAAAACAGUCUUGUGUCUUCCUUUAUGAGAAAAACUGAAAGAAUCGUUCUUAAAUCAACAUGCAAAGCAAUUAAAAAAUUAAAAACUC